CCUACGUGAAGAAAACCUGCUGCGGAGUCCCUCCUGAUCUGAAACUUCUCCCGAUCUCCAAAAUGGCUAACGCAGACUGUGUCGGUGUGAGAGUCCUUUCUCUGAACUGCUGGGGGAUCCGCUAUCUAAGCAAACUCUGUUCUCAGCGCUAUCAAAUGAUUGCAGAAAUGUUGUGCAAGGAGGAGCAUGAUAUUGUCUUACUACAAGAGGUGUGGAGCGAGAAGGACUAUCUAUACUUGAAAAAGAAACUUGCCAGCAGUCAUCCUCACUCUCAUUACUUUAAAAGUGGAGUCAUAGGCAGCGGACUGGCCAUUUUUUCCAAACACAGAAUCCAUGACCCAUUUCUUUAUCGCUAUUCAUUAAACGGUUAUCCCUACAUGGCUCACCAUGGGGACUGGUUUGGAGGUAAAGCUGUUGGAAUGGCAAUCUUAAAUAUUGGAGGCCUGAUUGCAAACAUUUAUGUUACACAUCUGCAUGCAGAGUACUGCAGAGAGAAGGACACUUACCUAGCUCACAGAGUGGUGCAAGCCUGGGAGCUGCAGCAGUUUAUCCGUCACACCUCAGCUGGAGCAGAUGUGGUCAUUCUAGGAGGUGACCUCAACAUGCACCCUCAGGACCUUGGCAACAGACUACUGAGAUCUUACACGGGACUGCGAGACUCCUACUUGGAAGCUGCUCAGUUUGAUGGUUGUGAAAACGGUAUAACUCUUAUAGCAGACAACCCAUUUAUAAGCAAAAAGGAGCUCAUCCCCUUUGAGAAGGGCAUUCGAAUCGAUUACAUCUUGUUCAAGGGAACCUCCAAGACCAACAUUUAUUGCGAUUUCAUGUCCACCACCAAAGGCUCCGUUCCUGACCAUCCGUUCCCGUACUCUGAUCAUGAGGCACUCACUGCUCAGCUGCGACUCAAGUCCAGUGUUGCAGCUGAGGCUGGAGGUGACAAACAACCAACGGCUCAAGACUCUCCUGCAGGGAAGCUGGCUGAGCUGGUUGACAUAGUGACAGAGGCUCGCACUGAGGUCAAAGUGGGCCUGCACUGCGCUGAGAGGAUGCGCUACACAGCAGCACGAACAGGAGUGAUGGGGCUGGUGCUGCUGUUCCUGGAGUUGGCCAUCGCAGCCGUUCCCUGCUUCGCUCUGGGACCCGAGCAGCCUUUCCCUCGUACCUCCUUCUACCUGCUGGCUGCUCUGUGCUUCGCCAUCCUGCUGAGCACCACUCUGCUCUACAUCUUUUACACAAUGGAGCUGAAGGCUCUCCAGGGAGCUGAAGACCAGAUGAGGCUGGCUGUAGGGAGUCUGCAAGAGAAGCUCAGAGGUUUUCCUUCGGGUCCACCUCACAACGCCCCACUAAGGCCUCCAGAGGGGGAAAAACCGAAUGCUUUGGAACCAGAGGAAUAACUUCAAAGUAGGCUUUUAGAACGAGGGCUUUGAAGUCAGCUUUAAGAGUGACCUUUAGUCUGCUCCUGUUAAUCUGUUUGUGCUUUUGAGAUUUAGAUUUCUGCUGCAAAAUGAUGA